AUGAGCUCCGGAGCGAUCAGUCAAUCCAGCUCAGCAGCGACCACCUCCUCCAAUGAGACGUCCCCCAGUAUGUCUACCUCCGAUGAUCAUGGUCAGAAGCAACCAGAAUGGAAAGACUGCACCGCAUGUCGUCUCACAGGCGCAGCGACGUUCACCGGGAUAGGUUCUUACGCGAUCUACCAAGGCUAUGACCAAGGUGCAUUUGCCAAGGUUCGCCCGAGGGGCGCUCCUAGAAGUGCGCAAUUCACGGUAGCCAUUGGAAUCGUCAUGAUCGGUUUAGGUCUAGGCCGUCUGGUAGUGUAG